UCUACUUACUACUGUCCUUGUGGUCGCUGGAGAUGCGUUUGCUACUACUAGUUCUGAUCUCGCGAAACUAACUAUGGCAUAUGGAGAGAGAUCAUCGAUCUUGGAUUCAUUCUCGCUCUCGCCACUACCAUACCCAGUUCUCUUGAUCCUAGCCGUUGCUUCAGUGUUCUUGUUGAGUUCAUGGUACUUCAGCUUGGAAGAUGCAGCCGAAUCAGCGGGAGAGCAGAUAAAUUUUGCUCUGCUCUUGAUUCCUCUGUUUCUUAUAGUCUUGGUCCGGUGGUUAUCUUCCAUGGAGAACCCUGACGCGAUUCUCGGGAUGUUUUCGAACCGUCGUCGGACAACUUACGUGAGUCCCAGAGCCGGAGGUGACGGUGGAAGCUCGCCGUGGGGGGUGGCGGCUUUGAUAGUUUUGUUGCUUGUAUUGCUUCAGUAUCAAUCAAGUUUCUUGGAGAUGUGGUUUGGUUAAUGAUAAUGACAGGUUUUCACGUGUUUUUGUUUUGUCGUCUAGUGUCACGAUGAUGUAAAAAUUUGGUCACGAUGAUAUCUACUUCUCUUGCGUUUACACGUUGCCCAAUAUUAUUGGGGAUAGAUUCAAAAUCAAUAAUUUAUACUUGCCUA